AUGCCAUCAACCAAGUUUCUGUCGUACGAUGACUACACCACCCUGCCAAAACGUCAACAAAACGACCGAAAUACCUACUCGCUUGGCUCGAUUGGAGGCUAUCAUGUCGUGAUCGCCUGUCUUCCUUCGGGCCUGUACGGCACUACCUCCGCGGCCCUGGUCGCCGAACAUAUGUCAUCAACGUUUCCCAAUGUUAAGUGGGGGUUGGUGGAGGUGUCCCGAACCCGUCGGUGGACAUUCGUCUGGGAGACGCUGCGGUCAGCAAGCCGACGGAUCGCCACAGAGGCGUGGUUCGAUAUGAUUACGCCACCGUUGGAACUACUCACGGCCAUCGCCGAUCUGGAGUCAACCCAUUUCAUUAGCGAAACAAAGAUUCCGAAGAUCGUAUCCGAUGUGAUUACACGAAACAAGCAUCUUGGACUCAAACUUAGCGCCCCCAGGCAGCAUCAAGAUACUCUUUUUAACGCAGCAUACGAACACCUAGCCUCGAACGAUGACUGUGCACAGUGUGAUCGAGGCCAACUUGUUGACCGGCCCGUAACGAGUUCCAAUGUCCCACGGCUCUACUAUGGGCUCAUCGCUUCGGGAAACCAGGUGAUGAGGGACGGCCAAACUCGGGAACGGCUGGGACAGGAACUCGGCAUUUUGUGCUUCGAGAUGGAAUCUACUGGCCUCAUGGAUCACUUUCCGUGCUUGGUCAUUCAAGGUAUCUGUGACUACGCCGACUCACACAAGAACAAACACUGGCAAGGAUACGCAGCGCUGACAGCAGCGGCGUACGGGAAGGAACUAUUGUCGGCGAUUCCUAAAACGCAAAUCCUCACUGGGCUGGAUCGCCUUUCUACUAUGUCUGUGCUCGCUGCGCUCGUCCAAUUCACCGACUUUUCCGGUUCAAUUCUUACCGAGACCGUCACUGUGCACCUCGAGGAGCUGACUGAUGACGUGGAAAAAUCGUUCUCUUCAGCCAAGCACGUGCGGGUAUCGUCGCUAGAGCCGCAUCGUCAAUAUGAACGCCUCCAACAAAUGUGCAAAGAAUGCGUGCAAUGGGAGAGUUUCAGAGUAGCUUUGAAAUCAGUCUGGGAGGCAGGCGAGAUAGACCAACUCGUGAGGCAGCUGGAGCUCUGGAGGUGCGAACUCAAGGGUUAUGUCCACUUAUAUCUUCAGCAUUUUGAAUCGUUCAGUCAGGAUACCAGACGGACGAUGCGCACGCUCUUUAACACUAAAUUGAUGCUCCCGGUAACAAACCAGGCAAAUCAUCACACGGGCGUCAAGAAACGCAGGGCUCGCAUAGUAGCCAGCUUACUCGAAAGCUUGCGGUUCCCUCAAAUGGAUCAUCGCGCCGAUAGCAUCACCGCAGCUCACCGCAAUACAUUCACCUGGAUAUUUCGAGACGUGGGAGAAAAUGGGAUGAAAUGGGACGGCUUCUUGGAAUGGUUGGUCAAGGGUAGCGGAACCUACUGGAUGCAAGGGAAGGCUGCAUCGGGAAAGUCGACACUGAUCCGCUUUAUUUGGGAUCAUCCACAGACGUGGACCGGUCUUCGAAGUUGGUCGAAAAACGGCCAAUUGAUCGCGGGCGUCUUUUUCUUCUGGAACAGUGGCGUCGAAGAACAAAGAUCGCAGACAGGGCUUUUCCGUACACUCCUCUUCAAGGUACUCAGCGAGUGCAGGGAGCUUAUACCCGAGGUGCUUCCUGAGGAAUGGGAGGAAAGGGCAAAGCUUGCUGCUCAAGACAAAGAGAUGCCAGAGCUAAUAUGGUCAAUAGAUGAGCUGCAAAGAGCCUUCACGCGUCUUGUGACCCUUGCGCGCGAUGAUAUGAGGAUGUGCUUUUUCAUCGACGGUCUGAAUGAGUAUGAUGGCAAUCCAGAGAGAAUUGCUGAAUAUAUCCAUGAUCUUUCAGACCUGUCAACGCAUGCAAAGUUUGGUGUCUCAAGCAGGCCAUGGUCGAUUUUUCAAGAUAUUUUCAACCUCAAUUGCCAACUACGACUGCAAGACCUGACUAAGGAUGAUUUUCGUUUAUAUGUGAGGGAUAAACUGGGCAGGAAUAAACAGAUGCAACUGCUUCUUAUCGACGAUUCAGACGGCGGAAAUUCUCUCAUACAUGAGAUUGUGGAAAAGGCAGAUGGUAUCUUCCUGUGGGUAGAGCUUGUUUGUUUGGCUGAUCUUCUGGUCGAUCUUGAGAAACUCUAUGACCGUAUGCUGGAGCGGAUAGAGCCGAGGUAUCGUGAAGAACCUUCGGAAAUGCUUCAGAUAUUUCGUGCCAGCGGUCACAGUCUGAAUGUCAUGGCUCUCUAUCGGGCGCUCUUGUGCCCUAGUAUGACAACGAAGGAAGACCUAAUAAGAGAAGCGCUUGUGGAGAGAACAAUGUUGAAACUGAACAGUAGAUGCAAGGGGCUUCUGGAAGUUCAUUCACCUUUUGAGUACGAGCCUCUUACCCAGAAAUACGGCCCGUUCCCCGAGCAUGAUGGUGCUGUUAGUAUGUCAAUUGCCGAUGCUCACGUGCUGCGACAAGGGAUCGAAGAUGAACCUCCUCAGCUGGGUUUGAUGCAACAUUUCAACAGACAACUCUUUACUCCAAGCCCCCGAAGUCCAAAUGCUCAUGGGACACUGCAGCCUACGAAUGGCAAUAACUCCGGAAUUACCAAGGAACACCGUCAUCAAAUCUUGUAUCUACAUCGAACUGCCAGAGACUUUUUAGAACAGCCUCGAGUGUGGAAGGCUGUGACAGAUUGCACAAAGCGUUCCUCAUUUGAUCCCUCGGUAUCAUUCACGAUGGCCUAUGUUUUGCAAGCGAAGAAAACACCCGUGAUCUUGCAAGCCAAGACUGUAUACGAGGCGGGCCAGUUUAUGUUGUCCAAAAUCGCAAGCUUCACAGGAAAAGGAUCUUCGGAUCUGAUAGUGCUGAUUGAAGACACUGGUGAAUGGAUGCUCUAUGAUAACCCGAAGAACUAUGCUGAAUGGAAGAUCUAUGCCUCUAAGCGUGCUGUCUGGGGUGAAGACUUGCUGUCAAUCGCAUUGAAGGUAAAACUAGACUGGUAUAUCCAGGCAAAGAUUUCAAUGAUCGCCUCGCCGGUAUUUCUGGCGCGGAGCCAGCAACUUCCGUUGCCAUCCUGGUCCACUCACCAUCGGCAAGGACUCCCUCUCCUCGCCUUUGCCCUGUUUUUGCUUGAGAAUGGCGCAGAUCCAAACGAGGUGUAUGAAGGGUAUAUAAUAUGGCAGUACACUGUUCACUACCUCCAUGUUGAUAGUGACUAUCUGCAAAAGGAUUUGUGCGAGUGGCUGGAUAUUUUUAAGCUGAUGCUGAAAUACGGCGCAGACCUCAACACACACUGUAUCGAGGACUAG